AUUGCUUUACUACAUCAGUGACUGCUUCAUUGAAUGAGGUUUAACAGAAAAGUCGCGUCUGUUUUGGUCCCAAAAAUAAUAAAAAAAACACUACGCAAACGUUUAACUGUAUAUAAGAAACACAUUUGCCCAAAACUGCAGUUUAACGGCGACGAGCUGGCGCAGGUUGUGGGGUGCCCGUGGACCAUGAGGGACAGUGGUAGCAGCCUAGCACAGAACCGUUGGCAGGGGCAGCUGGGCCUAGCUGUGGGCCAGGAGGGCAGUGGGGAUGGAGGUGGUGAUGUAGCAAUCUCCGGGGGUCACCUGGAGAUGGACCCCACCUCAACCCACCAGAUUCCCAGCCCCAUGCCCCUAAAGCUGGGCCAGAAGGAAAGGGUGGCCUGGGAGGCCGAGGAGAUGGAGGGGGAAAACGAUGAGGAAGAUUUUGAAGGUGAGGGCUGGGAUGAUGAUGAGGAGGAGGAGGAGGAGGAAGGACAGAAGGCUGAGGAGGAAGGAGAGGAGGCUGAGGUCGUAUGGGAGGUCCCACACAUGGUCCCCACCACAUACCUACAAGAGCAGAAUCAUCAUCACCAGCUGCAAUCACCACUGGAUGACCAUGACAACAACCAGGCCGAACCUGAAGCCAGGGACUUAACCAGCGUCCCUAUCCAGUCCAGGCUCAACGGGUUCAGGCAGCGCAGGCUGAGGCGCUGGAGGAAGCUCCACUCCCAUGAAGGUCUACGGCUCCGUCUCACCCAGCAUUGGAAGACCUGGCGUCACCGGGCACAGUGGGUGGGCACCCUGGGGCACAGGAGGGCGAGGAGUUGGCGUCGGUAUAGUUUGUAUUCCAACCGCCAGGGGAGGGGAGUGGACCCUGGUCUGAGCAGCCCACUGUCAGAUGAGAGGCUCAGUGGGUCUGAAAGAGACAACAGGUUGAAUGGUUACUCAGGAGACUACCAGUCCAGUCAGAUGGGUGGUCUGGUGGAAAGCGGAAGAAGGGGACCAGAGGCCUCAUCGUACUCCAUCGUCAGAGAGAAACCUGUGGAAGUCACUCUCACUGAGGAACACAUGAGCUGUGUGCAUGGGAUCCUGGAUGACUCCCUCCAGAAGUACGGCAGUCUGAUCCCCAUCCACGCUGACGACGUGGUGGAGAAAUUAAAAGACAUCUUCAACGACAACUUCUCACAGCCUCACAGGAAAGUAGUGGUCCAACAUCUAAUCCAGUCCUACCAGAGGUCGUCUGGCACGGCCAUGGUGCGAGGGUUCCGUGUCAACUACAAGCGUCAUGUCCUUACCAUGGAUGACUUAAGCACGUUGUAUGGACAGAAUUGGCUCAAUGACCAAGUCAUGAACAUGUAUGGUGACCUUGUGAUGGACUCGGUGUCCGAGAAGGUUCACUUCUUCAACAGUUUCUUCUACGACAAGUUGAGGACGAAAGGCUACGAUGGAGUCAAACGAUGGACAAAGAAUGUGGACAUCUUCAAGAAGGAUCUCCUCCUGAUCCCCAUCCACCUGGAGGUCCACUGGUCCCUGGUCAGCGUAGACAUCCCCCGUAGGGCAAUCACCUACUUUGACUCCCAACGCACUCUCAACCGACGCUGCCCAAAGCAUAUUGCAAAGUAUCUGCAGGCGGAGGCUGUCAAGAAAGAUCAGAGAGAUUUCCUUACAGGGUGGAAAGGCUAUUUCAAAAUGAAUGUGGGCCGUCAGAACAAUGACAGUGACUGUGGGGCGUUUGUUCUUCAGUACUGCAAGACUCUAGCCCUGGGUCAGCCGUUCAGCUUCGGCCAGCAGGACAUGCCCAAACUGAGGAGACUCAUGUACAAAGAACUCUGUCACUGCAAGCUCUCGCUGUGACACCACGCCCUUUGAGGAUUUUUAACAAAGAAGUGGGGGAUUCUGAGGAAGCGAGGGAUGGUUAUAAUGACCUAUUCCAAACGAGCUAGUGACUGAAAGAAAGGAAACAAGAACUUUUCAAAGGAAAAAAAAAUUCUCCCCUUGACGACAUUGAUAUCCAGAGACUUUACAACUACAAGUGGACCUUUUCUUUUCAUCCCGUUAUCUGUCCCCUCUUUUUUUUCUUCUUCUUCUUUUUUUUCAUGACCCUUGUUUUUAUUUAAUUUGAUGUUUGUUUCCUUGUGAUUGACAGAGGCCAAGUCUUCGAUUAUAUCCCAAAAGGCACACUAUUUCCAUAUGUAGUGCACUACUUUUAUUCAUGGGCCCUGGACAAAUGCAGUACACUAUAUAGGUAAUAGGGUUCUAUUUCGGAUGCAAACCAAGUCUACUAUACUCUGGUGGUGAAAUGGUGCAUUUGAAUAAAAAUACACUUUUCUCUUUCUCCCAAUGGACUUAUCACCUUACCGGUGCAGGAACCCCCCAAACGGGGGGUAAAAAAAACAUGUUGCUAUGCUUAUUGUUCAUGGUGUUUUUUGGAGGGCAGUGAUGUUUUUUUAAUUUUGAUUUAAAAUAAAAACAAAAUCUUACUAAGUCCUGUUUGAGUCAUUGGUUGGACCAUGUCGGCUAUAAACAACCAUGAUUCCCAAAUGGCACUCUAUGCCCUUUAUAGUACACUACUUUGACCAUAAGGUUCUGGUCAAAAGUGCAUUAUAUAAGGAAUGGAGUGCCAUUUGGCACGUAUUUGUGGUAUUACAUUUUCCCCUCUAACUAAAAGCGACAUUGUUGAUGGGUAUGUUUUUGUUUUUUGAGCAGAAGUUUGAUGGAACAUAAUUGAUUGUUUUUAUACCUUUUUUAAAAAGCAUUUAUGGUUGAUCAGAAUAAACAAGUACAUGGCAAGGAA